CUAAAAAAAAAAGGAUGGGCGUUAGCCCGAUGUAUAACCCGGUACAAAAUAGCGACUUAAAUGAAGACUUUAAUGUUUCACAAUGACAAGGCUGGACAUUAGUAAGCAAUGAAAGGACAUAAGCUAGCAAGCAAUAGAAAACAAUAUUAUAAUAAAAAUCGAACCAUGGAAAUAAAUUCCUCUCCACACAAGAGAAGGUAAAACUUCACUACAUGUCAUUACAUAAGUUCAUGACCCUGAGUUUUACGCAUAGUUCACAAUGCAGUGCGCCAUCGAGUGUUUGCCACCAUCAUUCAUGGUCUAAACAGCAAGGCCAUACGGCAUCGUUAUGUCGCAAGGAAAAGCUGAAUUUUCUGGGCCGGGCUGGGUUGUGGUCCUCUGCCUGCAUGUCAGCUGCAUAUUAUGGUCUGGUGUCUUGAAAGCCCUCGGGGUCAUGCUGCCUACCCUCGUGGAACAGUUCGCCACGAAAACCUGGCUAAUUGGGUGGAUGGUGGCCAUCAUCAACGGUGCUAUUAAUAUCGUGGGACCCCUUUCCGGACCAUUGGACUCCUUGCUUGGUACCCGCGUUGUUGUGAUGGUCAGUGGUAUCCUGAUUGGGACGUCAUUGAUCGUUGCUUCACUGACUACCAGCGUUGUCGAAAUGACCGUGACUUUGACAUUGGGAGUUUCUUGUCUAAGUUACUCCAGUGUUCUCAUGAGGGCGGCAGUCGCACGGUGUUUUCCUACCAACUAUGCCACAGCCACCGGUCUGGCGAUGUCAGGAUUUCCCGUAGGUACACUCUUAAUCGCGCCAAUGACACAGCUUCUGCUAGACACGUACGGCUGGCGAGCCGCCAUGAUGCUUCUUGGUGCCAUGAGUUUGCACCUUCCUGCCUGUGGCGCCCUCUUGAGGCAGAGAUCAAGGGACAGCGAGAAGAGUAACCAGUAUGAGACGCUUCGUGAAGACGAUGAUCUCGAUGACUCAUCUCGUAACAACAUUGCCAAAGAGAAAUCACGAUUGCGCGCUUUCAAGGACGCCCUCACAGCACAGACUGAACAUCUCGGUUUCUCGGUGUGCUUGAAGUUCUCCUUUUGGAUCGCCACCCUACUGUACGUCUGUAUUCGCUUUGUUUCCGACCAGUGGCUGGUGUAUUUCGUCCCCCAGGCAGAGGCCAAGGGUUUCUCCCCCCAGGAAGCCGUUACGUUUGUCACCGCUGCCGGCAUCGGCAACAUCGUCUUCAAGCUCGUCCUCGGCGUUGUCGUGGACCGGGGUAUGUUAAAACUGCGACCGGCAAUGGCAGCGGUGAUCGUCAUGAGCUGUGUGAGUUUCGUCAUCGUGCCGUGGGUGACGUCAUACUGGAUGACGUUAACAAAUGCUGUUGUCUUCUAUGGUUCGUGUGGCGCCAUUAGUUCACUCAUUGACAUCUUCACAAGGGAACUUCUGGGCGUGGAUCUCCUGAUCAGCGCUUUCAGUUGGAUGGAAGUUAUGACGGCGCUUGUCAGCUUAGGUUUUGGAUUCUUUCCAGGUUGGAUUUACGACCAGACCGGAAGUUACGAUUUAGCCUUUGUUUCAUUGGGAUGUGUGUGGGCCCUGUCGCUGGUGGCGCUCUUAAUGGAACAGGUGAAUGCGAGAUGGAAAAAGAAGUAAUCUGUGAUGAGUUUGUUAGUUUUGCUAUCAAAGAUCAGUUCUGUUAUGAUCUAAAUAUUGAGAAACCGUGUAUCAGUACACUGUAACACUGGGUGUUUAACUACUUAACACAAUGUAAACCCUUGUUUGCAAUAGUUUAUAACGUUUUAAGGGGAGACGUAAAAGGCUCAAGCUAAAUUUUGAGUCGGAUAAUUUGCUGGUGUCCAUGUUCCAAAAACAAAAAAUGGGGCUGUUGAGUGAUAUGAUUGUGCACUUUGUGACUAAAGCAUGAAACUUCGCACGUUGGUUCUUCAUGCCAUG